AGUAUGAUGUUAGGCUUAAAGCACUAUUUAGAUUAAAAGUUCAUGUGAUUAGUAGGAUGGCAGCUAGAGUAGUGGACUGCUUUGUGAUGGAUACACACUAGGACCUGUUGCACUCCACCAGGUGGCAGAUAUUUUACAGUGAGCAUGGUUAAAGCUGUCAUGAUGUUUGAUGGAUGCGAUGUUUGUGCUGCUAUAAUGAGGCAGAGCCCUGAAUAUGUCAACCAACACCUCCUAAAUUAGGCAUAAUGGGUUUUCAUUCAUCUAAUAUAAUCCAAUAUUUUUAAUGAUCAUUAUGCUGAUAUUUUCUAGAAGAGUCUGAGGUUAAUCCAUCCAUCCAUCCAUCCAUCCAUCUUCUACCGCUUAAUCCUUUUCAGGGUCACUGGGAACCUGGAGCCAAUCCCAGGGAGCAUUGUGCACAAGGCAGGGUACACCCUGGACAGGGUGCCAGUCCAUCGCAGGGCACAAUCACAUACACACUCACAUCACACACUACGGCCACUUUAGACACGCCAAUCAGCCUGCCAUGCAUGUCUUUGGACUGGGGGAGGAAAUCGGAGUACCUGGAGGAAACCCCUGCAGCACGGGGAGAACAUGCACACUCCAUUCGGGACUCGAGCCCUGGACCCUGGAGGUGUGAGGCGAACGUGCUAACCACUAAUCACCUCAUGAUUAGCAUAGUCAAUGUGAAUACAGGAUGGUGCUUGUCUGUAAUGUAAUACAGAGUAAGACUGAUUAAAGUAUGUACCUGAGUGCUGAUUUGCUGAAGUUAUGAAUAAAUGUAUAGCCUUAAAUGUUACAUAGAGUUUGAAUUGUUUUUCAAUGUAAGCCCUGAUUUAUAUAUUUUUUAUUUCUUUUUUAAACAGAUAUGUAUUUUCGAUUCUGUGAUUCAGUAGGCUGUUUUUAACUAUACAAACUGAGAAGGGAUUUUCCGCCAAGUUAGGUUACGAUGCUUGACAUUCAGACCGCUUUCUCCUUUGCUCAGGCGUUUAUGCGCAAUAACGAGCCGCUCCGGCUUUUUCGCAGAACCAGCUGUGCAGUCCAGCCCGUGUUCCUCCAAACCCCGCCUCCUGUGCUAGGAUUGGUCAAUGCGAUGCUAGCUGCGCUAGGAUUGGCUAGUAAUGAACGAGAGUUCGUUAGGGAUGGCUCCGAAUUGAAAUGCAGCCAAUCCCAGAGCAGGAGGCGGGUUUGUCAGAAUACGGAUGGGAAGAAAACAGUGCGGUCCAGUCCAGCUCUUAGUGCAGCUCGGCCUCUGAAGUCAUCGUCUUUACUGCAGGGAGGAGCGUGCAGGAGCAUCUGUCUCUAGUGCGUUCAAAUUCAACCACACACAGCACUUUGCUGACUUUAGCUAGGUUAUUUAUGGCUACAAAAAAACCUUUAUCGGUUUAGAGCGUGAACAAUACACCUCAUAGGAGAUCAUCAAUGGAACAGUGAUAUCUGUUGACGGAAAAAACCAACCCGAGAGCCCGUGAUUACAGCAUCCGGAACCGGCCGCAUCGCUUUUAUGCGCCAAGAAGAUGGUCAAUUCAGCUAACGGUGUGAAGCUGUAAGUCCCCAUUGAGGCAGCUUUCUCUGGUCAUGUUGUUUGCCAGUGGUGAGAGCAGAACUUGAGGGAAGACAGACAGAGAGAAAGCACGAGGGCUGCUUUUGUCAUCAUGGCACACCACCAUUCGCGAGGUCAUCAAGGCCGUGCUGCUAGUAUGGAAGAGAGGAGUGCCACGCCUGUCCAUAAGAGCUCCACCCCUACACACAAGAGUGCCUCCUCUUCCUCCUCCUCGCAGAGAGACAGCAGACAGGAGGCAGACAGCUGGGAGAUCAUCGAGGGAUUGAAGAUUGGCCAGACGAAUGUCCAGAGACCUGAUAAACAUGAGGGUUUUAUGCUGAAGAAGAGGAAAUGGCCAUUGAAGGGCUGGCACAAGAGAUUCUUUGUUCUGGAUAAUGGAAUCUUGAAGUACUCCAAGUCCCCCAUAGAUAUUCAGAAAGGAAAGCUGCAUGGCAGUAUAGAUGUCGGCCUGUCGGUCAUGUCCAUAAAGAAGAGAGCCCGACGCAUAGACCUGGAUACAGAGGAGCACAUUUACCAUCUCAAGGUGAAGUCUCCGGAUGUGUUUGAUGCCUGGGUGUGUAAGCUGCGUCACCAUCGUCUGUACAGACAGAAUGAGAUUGUGCGUUCUCCUCGUGAUGCCAGCUUACGUACCUUCCCUCCUCCUGCCAGCAUAGACUCACCCCAGACAACCCCUGCUUCUGCUCACGAACCGAAGCAGCAGGCAAAGCCCAACUCUCUGCCCUGGCAGCCAUCUGUGCCCUGCACCACCAGCCUGCCACCGUCCUACAGCAAUGGUCAGAGCAAAGUGGUAGCAUGGCUACAGGAGUCAGAGGAGAUGGACAAGUGUGCCGAGGAGCUUGCCCAUUGUCAGUCCAGUUUGAUGGAGCUGAGUCGGUUGCUGCAAAAUUUGGAGAUCUUACAGAGAACACAGUCAGCACCGAGCUUCACAGAUAUGCAGAGUAAUUGUGUAGAUUUAUCAAAGAAAGACAAGCGAGUCAGCAGAAGAUGGAGAACAAAAAGUGUCAGCAAAGAUACAAAAGUGCAACUGCAGAAAGAAGAUCAACAUGGAGCUAUAAUAAUGAAAUGGUUUUGCUUUCUCAGUCAGUGCAUCUACCUAAAGCUUUCUGAACUGUUUUCACUCCACACUGAGAUGAAAAAGGCAGAUUCACUGCUGGACUGCAGUAAUGGACUCAUGACUCAUGUACCUCUGAGCACAAGUAUGUCACCAAUGCGUCUUCAUGCCUCAAACCCGAAUCUAUGCGCAGAGCUAGUUGAUUACCAAACCCCAGUCACCCGUCUGACUGAUGGCAUCGAGUGUGCCAGUGAUUACAUCAAACUGCAAGAGGACUUCUGCGUCAUUGCUCAGAAAGUGCACUCACUGCUGAAGUCUGCUUUCAACACUGUUGCCAUUGAGAAGGAGAAGAUCAAGCAGGUGCUGUCAGAGCAGGAGCUGUCGAGCCAGUCGGCUCAGAUCAUGACCUUAAGACACUCUCUAUCACAGGCCCUGUCCCAGAACGCAGAGCUGAAGACUCGACUGAAUCGUAUCCACUCAGAGUCUGUGCUGUCAGAGCAGGUGGUCAGUGUUAACAUCAUCAGCAGUCCUGAUGAGGCAAGUGAACAGCUCCAUGAUGGGAUACCUCUCACUCAGCAGGCCUCCAACGAGAGCAGACUCUCCAUGUCAGAAUCCGUCUCUGAGUUCUUUGACGCUCAGGAAGUGCUGCUGUCAGCCAGCUCAUCUGAGAACGAGGGCUCUGAUGAUGAGUCUUACGUCAGUGAUGUGAGCGAUAACAUUUCAGAGGACAAUGCCAGCGUAACAGAUAACAUUUCCAGACAAAUGCCGAACGGAGAUGUGGCCGGGGGCGUGUUUCGAAACGGGAGGCGUACAUGUCUGCCUGCUCCAUCUCCUGACGCCACCAAUAUUAACCUGUGGAAUAUCCUGAGGAACAACAUCGGUAAAGACCUGUCUAAGGUGGCCAUGCCUGUGGAGCUGAAUGAGCCUCUUAACACUCUGCAGCACAUGUGUGAGGAGCUGGAGUACACCGAGCUGCUGGACAAAGCAGCCGAGACUGAUGAUCCCUACGAACGCAUGGCGCUGGUAGCUGCGUUUGCUGUCUCAGCGUACUCCUCCACAUACUACCGCGCAGGCAGCAAGCCCUUUAACCCCAUACUGGGAGAGACGUACGAAUGUAUCCGAGAAGACAAGGGCUUCUGCUUCUUCUCUGAACAGGUGAGCCACCAUCCCCCAGUCUCUGCCUGCCACUGUGAGUCCAAAAACUUCACCUUCUGGCAAGAUGUCAGAUGGAAGAAUAAGUUCUGGGGGAAGUCUAUGGAAAUCCUCCCCAUUGGCAUCGUAAAUGUCAUGCUUCCCAGCUAUGGUGAUCAUUAUGAAUGGAAUAAAGUGACCACAUGUGUGCACAACAUUCUGAGUGGUAGAAGGUGGAUCGAGCACUAUGGAGAGAUCACAAUCCGAAACACCAAGAGUAGUGCCUGCAUCUGCAAACUCACCUUCAUCAAGGGUAACUACUGGAGCUCCAAUGUGAAUGAGGUGCAGGGCUUUGUGAUGGACCAGGAGGGGAAGGUGGUCCACAGGCUCUUUGGGAAAUGGCAUGAAGGUCUUUACUGUGGUGUACCACCCUCAGCUAGGUGUAUCUGGAGACCAGGGUCGAUGCCUACAGACUAUGAGCUCUACUACGGCUUUACCAGGUUUGCUAUUGAGCUGAAUGAGCUUUGUACGGAGAUGAGGGAGCUGCUGCCACCUACAGAUGCUCGUUUCCGACCAGACCAGAGGUAUCUGGAGGAGGGGAAGCUGGAGUUAGCUGCAGCUGAGAAACAGAGGAUCGAGGAGCUUCAGCGGGCGAGGAGGAAGUGGCACGAAGAAAGCAACACCAAACAUCAGCCACGCUUUUUUAAAAAAAUUGUAGACUCGAACCAGAGAGAGAAGUGGGUGUCCAAUAACACAUACUGGGAGCUGCGUAAGGAUCCUGGCUUCCUCAAGCUGGAAAACCUUCAACUGUGGUAGCAUCUAAAUGCUUGUACGAAACAUAUCACCAUAGCUACAGACUCCAGAAGCUUUACCUAUGCACAGUACGGCUUACAUUGAAGCGCAGCGGCACGGGACUAUACUGACGGCUUUCACAUGGCUCCCGAGGGAUGGAUGAGGACAGACUCUGCACACGCUGCCCCACCGCUCCCUAUCCAGAGUCUCUCUCACUGUAGUAACAUACAGAGACAGGGUCGUUGUCACAGCAACCGUCUGGGAGUUGUAGAUCUGUCCUGUUGAAGCCCGUCAGGCUUCCCGUUUACGCCCUUGCCUUAACAAGCCGCUUCUUAAUAACCCAGUUUUAUGCUUUUAGUGAAAUCGGUUUGAUUUCUUCAAGUGUAGACCGGCAGUGUGAAUUUUAUCUCUCGGUUACAUAGACAAUAUCUACAGAAUAUCCUGCAUGUUUAGAUGGCAGCUUUCAUUGGCAUCUGCUACACCGACUUGUUAACAUAUCAUUUGUAGUUUUGAAACGUAACCGUAUUUUUGUAAGCUGUCAGAGCUGAGAACCUCAUUGCCAGCGCAGGGACUGUAGGUUUGUCCCGACAGUGGGACACAUAUAGACCAGCCAGUUGUUUUCUUUUCAUUCAGCACCAUUUGCUAUCUUUCAACUGGUUAGUGGCUAUGACGUGGAAUUGCCUAAGAGACACAGGUACCGUUUUGAAUCACAUUUUGUCAAGUUUGAUUAUAAAUGUAGUUGCGUAUACUUUUGAAAAUACCCUCAGAGCAUUCUGAUCCUACUGAGAAUCUGCCGUCUAAAUGCGUUUAAAGACCCUAGAAACAUGGCAUCUCUGUGCCGUAACCCUGUCAGUGUCCAUGAUUAUAGCGUCUCUUACAGUAGAUCCAGACAGAAGACAUUUACCAGGUUGUGUAUACUUUACACACUGAUCACCUAAGAUUGCCCAUCAUUCCCCAGGCAUGUAUUUUUAGCAUAUCCUCUUAAGAAAAGCUCAUGUGGCUAUUUUAGGAUUUAAUUGUUUAGUUUUUAAAGGAUUAAAUUAAGGAUUAAACCCUUAAAGGGUUUUAAAGGUUUCAUUUUGUUAAAUUGUAAGAAUAUAAGUGGAAUGUAAAUGUAAACUGUUCUUCCAUUUGCUGUGUGUGUGCCAGGUUCAGGACAUCCGCGCUCUCUCAGUAACAGCUGAUCUAUUUCUACAUCAGUGACACCUAGUGGCAACCCUUAAAAAUGAGAUUUUGUUUGUUUGUUUGUUUUUUUAAGAAUAUAGAUUUAAGGUUUUGAACUUUUAUGUCUCAAUCAAUGCAGUCAAAUUAGAAAAGAUGUUACUAAAUCUCUAUUCUAACUCUUAUUACACCAUAAUAAACCUCAAACCUUUGUUUAGAAAGCCUGCUUAAGCUAAUGGCUUAUUAACUCUUUCGUGUUGUGGGCAGUGUUGAGAAUCAGUUUCUUUUUCCAACCAAAGACAAGUUUUUAUAUUUAUUUAAUGCAAAUUUCCCAGUUUCCAAUUUAUUUUGUUGUGUGAAUGUUUCUAUUUGACCUAGAAGACCUGCACCCAUGAAACAAAAUUGUAGGUUUUGCUCCAGUGAUUUUAACAUUGCUUUGAAUAUUAUUUUUCAAUGUGCGGUCUUCGACACAUUGAUCACAAAACAUAUUUUCCUUUAAGAAAUUGUUGCAUUGGUUAUGCAUAGCUCAUUGGAUCAUACUGGAUUGUGCCCAGUACGUUGAGUACAAUGAACUUACAAGCUGUUCUUUCUGUUAAACAGGAGUCACGGGCGACAAGGUCAUGUGUUCAUUUGAACUAGUUAUAGAGAUUAUAGGCAGAAAAGAAAAAUCCUCUCUUUAUAAUAUCAUGUCACUAGAUUACCAAAACUAUAAUGGUAGUUCAAAAACAUGUGUAAAAUGUAGAGUUACAUAUCUGUAAACAGACGUUCUCUCACUAACAGAAUCAUGUAUCAGUGCAUCAGUCCCACUUGCUGUGCCUUACUGCAUCUAUAUAAUACUAACACAGUACUGCACUAUAGUUAUAAUGCGUGUUAAGUACUGAACACACACUGUAUACCCGAUACCAGUGCACCUUCUCCCUGAACUAACUCUGCUGUCUAGAACAGCAGUCAACAUUUCUGCAUAAUCUGUAACUCUGUAUCCUUAAUCCUGAUUUGAAAACAAACAGGCAUCAGUCUUUUACCUGGCUGCUGUAUCAAAGCAAAGGCAAACCUGAUACAUUUUUAUGUGCAAUAUAUAUGCAAACAGUGCACCACUUGUGGUUUUACUGAAUUUGUCAGGCAAGCUGAGGGACAUAUUCACUGUAGCGUACAGUGCAGUUAAAUGUUAUUGUUUGGUUUCUCUCUCGCUCGUAGUCACCAGCAUGAGGGACUGGAUAUUUCAACCAUCUUUUAAUUUUAAUAAUUGAAACAUUGAGUCGAUUAAUAAAUAAUCCCAGGUACAAAUAUCUCAAUCUGAUAUUCUAGUCAAGUGUACAUGUAUGUAAAGAGAAGGAACAUCAGCACAACAGAAAAAGAUACUGGAUAUCUCUGACAAUUUAUCAUCGUUUUCUACCUGCAUGUGUACGUGGCAUAGCCUGCCAAUCGACGAUGCUGAUGCCUUAUAAAGAUGUUUUGUUUCAGUAGCAGUUUUUGUUUUACAGAUAGAUUUAUUAAUUGAUUUUCAUUAUAUCCAGUCUGGCAGACUCUACACUACUGUAAGUGGUGUGUUCUGGCUGAAUAAAUCCAUUUUACAACGGGUCUCGUCUGACGAAGUGCAAUUGUAUAAAUGCAUAUUUCUCUUUCCAUGAUCACUGUACACCGCUGCUACAUAGUGCUUGUUCCAAUAUACUAAACUGCUGGAAA